AUGGCAGACAUCCAUAUACCCGAUCUUCUUCUUCACAACAUCCUUACUCGACUUCCUGCAAAAUCCUUACUACGCUUCAGAUGUGUAUCCACUCAUUGGAAUCAUCUAAUUUCCGAUCCCUAUUUUCUGAAAUCCAGAUCACGUCCAAUGAUCCUUCUUCCCAAGCCACCUGAUCAGCUUUAUGCUUUAAACAAACUACCAGUCGACGAUGAUGCUCCUUUGGUUGUCAAUCUUCUUGAUCCUCCUCUCGAAUACCAUCGAUUUACCAUCGUUGGAACAUUCAAUGGCAUAGUUCUAUUGGUCCUUACAAACUUUAGUUUUGUUAAGAAGAUGGUUCUAUACAAUCCAUUCACCUCUGUAUCCAAGAUACUUCCCAUUCCACCGUGGGCUCGACGUCAGCACUCCGACGAUAUAUACGGGUUCGGCUAUGGUGCCACCCCGGAUGACUUAAAGAUCAUCAUUGGGCGUGGUAAGUUGUACUCAAGUGACUAUGAUUCUAAUCGCAAUUGGAAUAAUUGCGACGUCUAUAGUCUUAAAACGGGUUCAUGGAGCACUUUAGAAAACAUCCUUCCAUCUCUUACCUAUAAAGAUGAUGUGGGUGUGUUUCUAAAUGGAUUUUUGUAUUGGGUUUAUAUUUCUUUCGUCGGUGGUGUCAAGGAAAAUCUUGUGGCUCUUGAUGUUGAGGAGAUGGUAGCUUCUACGAUGCAUAUGCCUAAUCAAUAUUUUCAUCUAUCGUCUGCUUUGGGUAUACUACACGGACGCCUUUGCACGAUUAAAGACAUCGUUCUUGGCAACGGGUUCGAUGUGUGGGUUAUGAAGGAACAAGGUGUCGAGAACUCGUGGUCGAAAGAGUUUUCGGUCAGAUUAGCUUUUGAAGAUGUGUAUGGGUUGCUCCAGACUGUUUGUAUUUUAGAAGACGGAAGAAUUGUUGUGAUUGAUCGGUUGCAGAGGUUCAUCAUCUGCGACCCAUCAAAAGGAACGUAUAAGAGGAUAAAAGGUUUCACAAGUCCUGAGAUUAUUUUCAAAAAAGGCGUGCAGUACAUUGAGAGUCUAGUUUCUCCUUCAGAUAUAUGGGUUGUUUGA